UGCGUGGGGAGGGCGCGGCGGAGCGGCGGGCGCCGAGCUUUAAAUGAACAUAACUAUCGCUCCGGGAGGGCAGCGCCGGUGGUUCGGGCCGGUUAGCGGCGGCAACAGUAGCUUGUCUUCAUCGUUACCCUCUUCCUCCUUCUUCACCGUGGCGGCAGGUCAGCCCAGAAGCUGGUACCGACCUGUGGACUAGCUCACGCAGCGUUCUGGCACUGGGGGCCUGGGGCUUUUUGGGGUGUUGUGUGUCUGUGCCGAAGCCAAACCUCCCCAGCUGGGUGACCACCAGCCGCAAAGCUGCUGUCCACGUGGACUGGUGCUGAGGUCUCCCGCCCGGCUGCUGCCAGAGCCUCUCCAGCCAAACCCAGAGACAUGGCCACCAAUGGCACCAAAGUGGCAGACGGACAGAUCUCCACCGAAGUGGAUGCUUCCAUCACCAAUGACAAGCCUAAAACCUUGGUAGUGAAAGUGCAGAAGAAGAAGACAGACCUUCCAGACCGAGACACUUGGAAAGGAAAAUUUGACUUUCUUAUGUCCUGUGUAGGUUAUGCCAUUGGCUUAGGCAAUGUGUGGCGAUUUCCAUACCUUUGUGGCAAGAAUGGUGGAGGUGCAUUCCUCAUUCCCUAUUUCCUUACUCUAAUUUUUGCUGGUGUGCCACUCUUUCUUUUGGAGUGUUCCCUGGGUCAGUAUACAUCUAUAGGUGGCCUUGGAGUGUGGAAGCUUGCCCCAAUGUUCAAAGGUGUGGGAUUAGCUGCUGCAGUCCUUUCCUUUUGGCUAAAUAUUUACUACAUAGUGAUUAUUUCGUGGGCCAUAUACUACCUGUACAAUUCCUUUACCACUACUCUUCCUUGGAAACACUGUGAGAACCCUUGGAACACUGACCGCUGCUUCUCCAACUAUACCUUAGCAAACACCACCAACAUGACAAGCGCCGUGGUUGAAUUCUGGGAACGCAACAUGCACCAAAUGACUGACGGAUUGGAAAAACCAGGGCAAAUCCGAUGGCCGCUAGCAAUUACUCUAGCAAUUGCCUGGAUUCUGGUCUAUUUUUGUAUCUGGAAGGGGGUAGGCUGGACUGGAAAGGUGGUAUAUUUCUCUGCUACUUAUCCCUAUGUUAUGCUGCUUAUCUUGUUCUUCCGUGGUGUAACGCUGCCUGGAGCAAAGGAAGGCAUUUUAUUCUAUAUAACUCCCAACUUCAGUAAGCUUUCAGACUCUGAGGUUUGGCUGGAUGCUGCCACACAGAUUUUCUUCUCCUAUGGUUUGGGUCUUGGUUCACUGAUUGCCCUUGGAAGUUACAACCCUUUCCACAAUAAUGUUUACAGGGACUCCAUCAUAGUGUGCUGCAUAAAUUCAUGCACAAGCAUGUUUGCUGGCUUUGUCAUCUUCUCCAUUGUUGGAUUCAUGGCUAAUGUCACAAAGAGGCCCAUUGCAGAUGUUGCCGCAUCAGGCCCUGGACUGGCAUUUCUAGCUUAUCCAGAAGCAGUGACACAACUACCAAUUUCUCCUUUGUGGGCAAUACUGUUCUUCUCCAUGUUGCUUAUGCUUGGGAUUGACAGUCAGUUCUGCACUGUGGAAGGAUUCAUAACAGCUUUGGUGGAUGAGUUUCCCAAGUUACUGCGCAAUCGAAGAGAACUCUUCAUUGCUGUUGUAUGCAUUGUUUCCUAUCUGAUAGGGCUGUCCAAUAUUACUCAGGGUGGAAUCUAUGUGUUUAAGCUUUUCGACUACUACUCUGCCAGUGGAAUGAGUCUCUUGUUCCUUGUAUUCUUUGAGUGCAUCUCAAUAUCCUGGUGCUAUGGUGUUAACAGAUUUUACGACAACAUCCAAGAGAUGGUGGGAUACAGACCCUGCAUCUGGUGGAAACUCUGCUGGUCAUUUUUCACUCCUAUCAUUGUGGCAGGAGUGUUUCUCUUCAGUGCUGUCCAAAUGACUCCACUCACAAUGGGGAGUUACGUUUUCCCAAAAUGGGGCCAGGGGGUUGGCUGGUUCAUGGCUUUGUCUUCUAUGGUGCUGAUACCAGGCUAUAUGGCAUAUAUGUUUCUAACUCUGAAAGGCUCCUUAAAACAGCGCAUCCAAGUAAUGAUUCAGCCAAGUGAAGACAUCACUCAUCCUGAAAAUGGGCCUGACCAGGCCCAACAGAGCAACUCUGCAAACAAAGAAGCCUACAUCUAAACUUCCAUCUUGUAAGCGUACCGAUGCUACUCCAGAAAAACAAAAAAAUAUGGUUGAAUAUGACCACAAAUUUAUGUCUGAGAAUAUAAUUACCUACCUCUAGUGGCAAACAAACAAACAAAAAAACCAACAAUUGAAAAAAAAGAAAAAGAAAAAGGUCAUCUCCACUCUAAGGGAAUCGCCAUGGGUACGACCCAACCGUUGCGCGAGCUCAGAUGUUGGCAGUGAUUUGUGUCCUCUGGCAAUCCACAGACUGUUAAUGUUUUUAUCCUUUCACAACAAUAGUUGCAUAUCUUGGAAUUUGUAAAUCGAUGUGCCAAAACCUUUUUAAUCUACCUUUUAGCACGACUAUUUGAAGUUUUGUGCUGCUGAUUUUUAGUAGUCGAUCGCUCUUUCUUACUGCUGAAUCCCAAGACUGUUAUUUCUGACUUUGCAGGAGCACAAUUCAGUUUGGAAUUGUUUUGUACUAAAAGAAUGAAGUAUUUUGUAACCAAGUGAUCUCCAGUCAAAAAGUCUGCCCUUAAAAUUUGCUCCAGUCGAGGCUGAGGGGUAAGAGACCCUCUUCAAACAACAAUAGGGAAAGGCUUCACAAACAUUCCUAGUUCAAAUUAAGUGAUGGCUUAAUGGCUGUUGGCAGCAAUAAAGCAUAGAGUAGCUGUAAAUAUGAUCUGUACUUACCCUUUUGGGAUGACUUCCAAAUAGGAUUGUAAAUCUCUCUACAAAUCUAUGUAUUCUAUCUGUUAGGAGAGGAGCGUGGCUUUGCGAGUCGAUCUGACAGGAAUCGCAGCUGUUAGGAGCAAAAAUAUGAUUCCUGAAGUUUUUAGCAAGAUGAGCAGUAACAGGCAAGAGCUGUUAGGAGCAAAAGAAACACAAAGUAUUUGCAAUUCAAGCUCAGAGUACUUGAGCUUUUCAUUAUGCUGUUGUUCUUCUACCAUUAUUGCAUUGCCACCGAAAUAGAAACCAAAACAAUGGCUUAAAGUUUGACACUUGUCCUUGUUCUUGGAUUUUAGGGUUUAAUUCACAACUGUUCUUUUUAAUCUCUUCAAGGACUUUUAACAGUUUCUAACAAGCAGAUGACAAACUAUGGAUGCUUAGCACUUUGAAAUGACUUUUCUUUUUAUUUACACCUUAUUUGUGGUGAUGAAGGCACGAGGGAAAGCUAUUUCGGUAGCAAAGGAUCUCCAGCCUGGGCUGGGGCUGCAUUUGCCACACAGCCAGGAAGCCAAGUCAGCUGCUGGUGGUUGUCCCUGUGUGGGAAAGGCAGCGGUUAGCCCCGCUCGGCGUUUCUCGUUUGGCAGCUAUACGACAGGCACAAAGGAGUAUGGAAAAAAACAAAUGCAGUAGUUGCUGUUUGAUUGUAAAUGACUGUGACAGAACUGUGCAAUGAAACAUGCUUUUCAGCAAAUUUUUGUGCAACGUACAAUGUUAGAUAGCACAAUUUUCUGUAGAACUACUACGUGCAAAACGAUGUUAACUGUGAAUGUUGGGUUUUUCGUUGUUUUUUUGUCUGAAGGUGACAAACAUAUUCUUGCAAUAAGGUAUUAUUCUCAGAAUGUCAAGCACAUCAUUGUAGAAAUAAUAUAUAUAUAUAUAAAAUACACAUAUACUUGGAAAUGCAUCAUUGCAAACAAACAAACAAAAAAUCUCCCAGUAGGUUCUAAACUGUUUCAUACAUAGAUCAGCUGUAAAAUAUUCUGAGAUCUACGCUACAAUCCUAAACAGCUAGAGCUGAAAUGCAAAAGUCCUUGUAAGUCUUUGGGAUUUAGAGGAACCUCCCCCCCCCAAUCCAUCCUACACAAACAUUACACAUCAUAAUUGUGAAUUUCAUUAGACUAAGGGUAAAAGCUCCCAACUUUUCUCUUUCUUGUUUAAUGUAAUCAAGUCCCAUGUUGUUCUAAGAGAAAUGCAGUAUUUAAUGUUUGAUUGUAAACGAUUAUGACAGAGUUUGACAGACCUGCUCUUUAGCAAGAACUGUACAAACGUAUCACAUAGCACAAGAUAGUGUUGUAGAACUACUGUGUGUCAACUGUGAAUAGCUGUAUCCUCUUUUUUUUUUUGUAGUAUUUGCCCUGAAAAAAAAAAAAAAAGAAAAAAAAAAAGAAGAUUAUUAUUGUAUGAUCAUAUAUGCUUUUUGCAAUAAGGAAAUAUCUGAACACCAAGCAAAUCUAUCUCUAUAUAAAAAUAUAUAUGUAAUAUAUACAUAAUCAAAAAAGAAAUAUAUACAGAGCCUGUUUAAAAGAGUACAGUAUUAUUUAGUAAAUUGCAACCUGUUCUAUGGACCAAAUGUAAAAUAUUUAUAAAUCAAGAUGCAUUUUAAAUGUCUAUAAAUGGUGUCAUAAUUAAAGCACGAUUGUUAUGUAAGUUUCCAAGAGUUUAGAGGAAAAAGAAUAAAGGUUAUAUUAUACAUUA